AUUCAGCUUCUUCUCCAAGAAAGGCUGUGGCAUCAUUUCAUGUACCAACCCCCCCCCCCCCCCCCGUGUGGUGAGAGCCGCUGAGGAAGCACAGAAGUUUCAGCUCUGUGGAAAGGACAGGGCUGGAGAGUUCACGUAUAGAUCAGUUUCUAUGGAAGGGACCAGCUAAGAAUAGCCCUGGGGCGACACACACUCUUCUCGCGUCCUCUUCUGGGGGAAACAAUUUCCUCACAAGAAACCAGAACAACUCAUGAGUUGUGGGCUGAAAUUUAUAGCUCAUAGAAGCUAUUCUUAGAUAUCCUGAACUCCUGUGGUCUCCUGGGACCCUGAGUUGCACAACACUCAGCGUGACAACACUGCUAUGCUUAAAAAUUUCCCUCUUCACCCCCAGAUUCCAUUUCCCCAUCGGCGGGGCUGCCUAUAAAGGGCAGAGGAGAUGGCUGUGCACUCCAGAAGGACGCAGCCAGCAGUGAGUGCCCACUCCCAGCUCUGUUCUCCUGCUACUCGAGCCCACGCUCCAUCUGCUCAGCAGCAUGAAGGUUCCCGGGGCUGCCCUUGCCGUCCUUCUCUGCACCACGACCCUGUGCAGCCAGGUCUUCUCUGUACCAUAUGCUGCUGACACCCCGACCGCCUGCUGCUUCUCCUAUAGCGCCAAGCAGUUGCCACGCAAAUUCAUAGCCAGCUAUUAUGAGACCAGCAGCCAGUGCUCCAAGCCCGGUGUCAUAUUCCAAACCAAAAAACAGCGGCAGGUCUGUGCCGACCCCAGCGAGGCCUGGGUCCAGGAAUACAUCACUGGCCUGAAGCCAAAUGCCUGAGUUGCCUGGACACUUUGAGGAACCCAGUGACCUUGGUGGGCCAAUGGAGAGCAGGGGCCUGAGUCUUGGCAACACCACUAUAACCUCUACAGCUACCUCUCUUGUGGGCUUGUUGCCAAACGCCCAUACUCUGGGAUUCUUCCUAACUUAAAAUUUAAUUUAUUUAUAUUAUUUAAUUUUCGUAAUUUAUUUUAAAUGUCACACUGUGUUUGGGACUGUUUGCUCGAAGAGGUCUCAGGAUUCCUUUUCCACCAUCCCUCCCCUUCUCCUUCACUUGCACUGUGAUUGGUGGUAAUUGAGUGACUGUCAUAAGCUUGUUCUAGGCAGAGGUGAUGCCAAAGCUACCAGACUGAGAAAUACGUAUUGAAUGUUUCUGUUCGGUGCUGUGUUCAGCUCAGAGAAAUAAUAAAGAUGCUAUUUUAAAAAAGUAAACUGGCAUUGAGUUUGGUUUUGUUUAUCUAGCAAAUCAGAAUCACUAGUUGACAUGAAAGACAGUUUGGG